UUGUUGAUGUCAAAUCUAGUAACUACUUGAUUCGAGGAUGUUAUGGCUGUAAUUUUAAAGUUUGGAGCGGUGUUGAUCAGCCGCCAAAUUUCUCCGAAAGGCGCGAUAAAUAUUCAUCGUUUUGCUACAAUGUCUCAAUUGUUGGACCAAGUAGCAGAUGUGGAUAUCGAUGAUCGUGGAAGAUUCAAAUAUAUCUUGAUUGAUGUAAAAGAUACAAUCAACAACGCUAGUAAGCAAGUUGUGAGAGGAUAUGUAAGAGCUCAGUGGCAUGCUGAUAUAUUUGACGAAGUGAGCGAGCAGGUGAAGAAACACAGCGGUUUGAAAGCGAACUGCGUAGGCGGCGGAAGGAUCGAACACCACCCCGACGACAAGUUGAUCAAAGUUUAUGGAUAUUCGCAAGGUUUCGGCAAAGCUGAUCAUCGGGUAUCGGUUGAAUUACUGAAGAAAAAAUUUCCCGACUACAACGUUACGUGGUCAGACGAUGGCUAUUAGUUAGAUUAUUACGAUGAUAUGCCCUGCGGAUGUCCUUUUUAUUUAAUAAAUAGGGGAGAAGGUGAUAAUAUGAAA